GUUAGCAUAAAAAAAACCGGAGCAAACCUGCCACAAAACCAUCAGAUGGAACAGCCACGCAGGUCACGCACGACCCAGGCACCCACGCCUCUCCAUCCGCACAGCCAAAACGAUGCACAAAUUCCUGUGAUUGAUUCCUUGCCGUCGAUGCGCCGCCCGUCUCCCGUCCCCAUCCCCGCUGUCUCCACCGCCAAGCUCGCCGCGCCGCCGAUGCCUCCUUCCCCGUUUCCCGUGUCUACUAGCCCAUCUCCAUCCCCGCCGCCUCCCCAUCUGCCAUGGUCGGCUGGAAACCGCCGGUCAACUGCCGAUGGCGCCGAUGCCGAUGCCGAUCGUGCUGCUCAAAAAAAAAAACUGCCGAUGCCGAUCGUGCUGCUCGUGUUGGUUACCUCCUCCACGGCUCCGUCGAUACAAAAGGCGCUCGGGCUUCACGGCGGCGACGGCGCUGGCGUAGAAAUCGGGCCUGGAAAGCUGGAAACGACCAGCAAGACCACCUGCGUCCAGAAGAACUCGGAUCUACCGGGCUUGGAAAAAUUCGGUGCGGUGAGCCAAGACCACCUGCAUCUCCGUCGACCUGUCCAGCGGCAAAGUCACCGCAGAGCUCAUCCGGAAGUGAUCUUUGAACCUGGAUCCUCAGUCCUCACCUGGUAAAUAAAGAAAUCUCAUUACUGGAGAAUAGAGUUGCAGCCAAAGGUUUGAAGUGAGUGUGUCGGAAUGAUAUCCUUCUUAGCAUCGUCAGACACGUGUAGGUCGAGUGCUAACCGAUACACUGAAACCAUGGCCUUCAUUGCGACUCUUGGGCAUCCCUACAACCCGGAUUCCCGAUCCAUGAAACAGACAUUUCAUGCUUUGAUGAUGACCGACUUCAUGGGUGAAAUACCGCGUAUGCGGAUGGAGUAUGCUAGCUGCGCUGCUACUACUAUCCACCAUUAAGAAGAGAAGACGAUGAUGGGACCGUUAAUAACCACUUCAUAUGAGCCCAACCGAGGAGAAUGAGCGCUCAACGGUGUGACAAUACACACUGGAGAAGUUAUAAUGAGCGCUCAUCUAUCUCUUGCAA